CACAAAUUGCAUUUGCACUAUGUGUAAACUCUAGAAAAAAUGUUCAAAAAAAUGUCAGACACUUGUGUCACAACUUUGUAUUAGUCUGUGUCAGACUUAAAAGGCAUGAGAUAAGGCAUUAAUGUCAAUUCGAGCAAUCGUACUGCUAAGUUUUAACUUAUAACCUAUACUAGUAAUAUAAAAAUAUCCAGACUAUUGUAAGGAUAUUGGUUAAUUUCAAAUUGUUUUUGUUUUAUAAAAUGUUUCUGUUAGUUUUUAUAUUUUAGAUAUAUAGUAGAAGUGAGUGGCGUCGAAUUACACCCAAAUUUAGUUAAUAUUUAGUACCAAAAAGUAACAUCAAAAUGAAUUCUAAGAAAUUAAAAAAAAAAAAAGAGGAUAUUUUUUUUUCUAAUCAAAUGCAUGAUAAUCCGGAAGUACUUGUCUUACCACCUAAUAUAUUAGAAAAAUUAGGUAUAAAUUUGGGAAAUAUUCAACCUGGCAUAGACAAUUCAAUAAAUUCUUCAUGUACAGAAAUUGUGGACAGUGUAAAAGAUUUAGUCCCUCCUCUUUUUACUGAACAACCUGGAUUACCUGCUGAAAAUAUUUGCAUAAAUAGUUCUAGUAAAGAAACAUCUAUUCUUAAAACAGCCAAUCUAAUGAAAGAGUCUGUACUUUUAAGUCCCACCUUUUCUGUUUUAAAAUCUUACGACGUAAUGAAUGACGAGGAUUUUUUAAAUAAUUCUGGUGCCUCUAUUGAAAAUAACCAAAUUUCAUCAAAAAUAUCUAAACUAAGUGAAAAUAAUGAAAACGGAUUAAGGAAGAAUCGAGAAAUUGUGAGCCCUCAACAUAAUAGUUUAGAUACUAGUAAAAUGAGAAACGAUAACAUUAGUCCUAGUGGAAAUGAUAAGCCUAAGAAUAAUAGUAUCAUUCAUAAUACAGAUAUUGAAAUGGACAUUCCGAAGUAUAAUAAUGAAUUAACAAAUAAAAUUAUAAUAUCGGAUAACUAUAAAGUCCAAGUAGUAAAAGAUAUAAACCCAAAGAUUACUUUAGAACCUAAAAAUAAAAUUAAUAUAUUAGCGCAUGAAAUUUUGGACGCAAAUAAAAUAAAAGAGUUGAAAAAGAUUCAUAUAUCUGAGUCUAAUUCCCUAAUACCUGUUAGAAUGGAUACAACGUUAUCCAAGAAUAACACAAUAAUAACUGAAAAGCCUGUUCUAAAAAAAUUGGUGUCUCAAAAUUCUUUAAACGAUAUUCAACCAAUGACAGAUAUUUCUAACGGAGUGUACAGUAACGAUAUUAUUCGAAUUGUGGGUACUAAAUUGACAUCAAAAACUGAGGGGAUAAAUAUAUGUAUCAAAGAAUCAAAGGAUGACAAUAAUUACAAAUUAUCAAAUAAAAUAAAUAAAGAUGAAUUAUUAUUAAACAAAAAUUAUAGUACCGGUGAUAAAUUAGUUAAUGUAUCGAAUUCAGCUUCAAAAGAAGAAUAUGAGGGAAAAGAACCUGAUCAAACUAAUUAUCUAACUAGUGUUCAUCGGAAUGAUCAAAAUUGCUUUAGAGAUGCAGACUUAUCCAAUUUUAACUAUAGGGAUACAAGUAAGGAAAAUGUAGAAAAUCAAACAGAAAACAAUUUCCAAAAUCAACAAUCAAAAUAUAAUUCUGAAGACGAAAAAAACAAUAAGGUCUUUUCACCGACAAAAUCAUUAUUAGAUAAUAUGGAAAUUGUCAAUUUUGUAAAUAAUAAUUCUAAUACCAAUGAUGGUGAUUAUUGUAAAGACAAAUUCAAUUCGGAUGAAAACAUUGUAACAUCGAAAUUAUGUAUACAGGGUGUUGAAAAACCCGGUGGAGAAUUAAUUCCUCUAAUAAAAAACAGGAAUGUUCGAUCCAUUAAAACAUACUCUAAAAUAAAGAAAACUUCAAAAAAGACCUGUAAUCAUAAUGUUACACAUUUAUUAGACUGUUUAGAGAAAACUGCUGAUAUUGAUUACAAAGUAAAUGUUUCUGAGACUGAUACCCAAAUUAUUAAGAAUGUUUGUAUUUGUAAAGAUUUCGGUGCUUAUAAUUAUUAUGAAUCAUCUAAUAAUUAUGAACACAUUCAUUUUUCAAUUCCGUCUAUUAGUCACUGCUCGCUAGACACUCUGUUCAGCAUUUAUGAAGAUGAAUACGAUGUAGUAAAAAGUAAAAAUGAACAAAAGCAUUUUCUGUAUAACGAGGAACUGUCAGAAGAGAAUUGCGUUAUAGAUGAAUCUUUUAAUAAUAAUAACAUUUGUUGGUAUCACAUUGAAAAUGUUUAUAAAAAUAUUAACUUUGAUAGUAACGAUUAUUUUACGACAUAUAAUAAGUACGAAAUAACUCAAAAUGAUGAAUCUUCAAUAAAUAUAGGCUUAGGAAAUCAUUUGCAUAUAAACGAGUGUAACAAAUAUGUUAACGGCAUAAAUAAGCAAUAUGAAAAUAUUAAGAAAAAAUGUAAACCAAGUAAUGAGUCUUCCAAAAUUGAUUAUUUGAAAAAAGAAACAACUGUUGAUGAAAAAAAUUUAAAAGCGACAGAGGGCUCCAACUCCAGAAAAAACAUGAUUUGUCAACAAAAUUUGGAUUCAAACAAAAAUGUAUCCAGGAAAAGAAAAAGAUCUUCGUUAAGCGAAUCAGAUAACGAUAAACAUUCUGCUAAAUCAGCAACCUAUACUCUUAGAUGCGAACCGUGUGGUAAAAAAGUAGCAAAGAUCGAUUGGGAGAAUCACAUUUCAAAAAGGCAUUGUUAUAUCGCAUGGACAGAAGGCCAAACCAUUAAUUUCGAAGAUAAAAAGUUGCUUUUAAAAUUAAAUCGAAGAUUAUGCGACACUGGAACGUUAGUGUGUACAUUUUGCGAUACUGAACAAAAUGUAUUAAAUAAGUUCAUUGACCAUGUUCAAAAAUGCAUAAAUAAAAGAUGUAAUAAAAAUAGUAGAACAACGAGAAGAUUUAAUAUCGACGAUGAAAUAGAUCAGUCUUCGUCUCGAAGUGUUAAUCGGUUAAUAUGUGGAGUGUGUCAGAGCGAGGUAGAGGAAAAUUUAUGGUUUGAACAUAUUGGUAAAGAACACAACUACCUAGCUUGGGAACAAGGAGCGCCGCCCCUGGAUUGCACGGAUGAAGAUAAAGUUUUAAACAUUUUAAACAUUACUAGGAAAACGAUUGGACGAUUGGAAUGUAGCAACUGUGGUGUUGCCCGUAAAUUUGUAAAAUCUUACAUAAAUCAUUUAAAGAGUUGUGCGAAUAUUGAAUUACUAUCACCCGACUCAACGGUAUUUAGAGAAAAUGAAAUCAAAUUUGAGAGUGCUAAGAGCAAAGUUAAAAUUAACACGGGGGGACCUAUUAAGUGUGGAGUAUGUCAUAUAGAUGUUGAAGAUGAAAAGUGGAUCGAUCACAUAUGCAAGGAACACUCUUACUUAGCUUGGAAGGAAGGAGAAACUGAAUUAAAUGUCAAUGAUGCUAAAGAAGUUUAUGAUCACUUGUACGAUUUAACCAAAGACAUUGAUGGAUUGAUUUGCCCCAAAUGUGGAAUUCGUCGUAAAUAUGUCAAGUCUUUUUUGACGCAUAUAAAAAACUGUAGCGAGUCCUCGAAUACCACUCUCGAUGGUGACGACAGUUGUAUGACUGACUUGAACGAUACAACGCCAGACGAGAAUCUUGAACCUGAAAAAAUUGUGAAGUGUGGAGUUUGUCAGAAGGAAUUGGAACAAAAGUAUUGGAUUAAACACAUUCAAAAGGAACAUGCUUAUAUAGCAUGGAAGGAAGGGCAAACAGCUUUAGACCUCGAAAAUCAUCUGGAGAUUUUGCAGCACUUGAAUGAUAUAAAUAAAAAAUAUAACGGUUUAGUUUGUAACAAAUGUGGCAUUGUCAGAAAGUAUGUAAAAGUGUUUUUAUCUCAUAUAGAAACUUGUGAUUCGACAUUUGUUUCGAAUUCAUCUCUGAAAGAGGAAGGGAUCAAAGGAAAUGAUUCUUAUGAAUGCGCUGUUUGCUCUGAAGUAGUUGAUCCAAAAGAUUGGAAAUCUCACGCUAUGAAGAAACACUAUAAUGUUGCGUGGGCUGUGGGGGAUUUCCCAAUAGAUGUUAAAAACCCUCAUGCAGUCGAAAAUUGUUUAAAGGAGUAUAGAAAACAUAAUAAAAAACUCGAGUGCCUACAAUGUGGUGUUGCAAGAGUGUCGAUUUUAGGUUUUUACGCGCACAUCAUACAAUGUGGGAAGAGCGAGGAGGAAGUAGAAGAGUUCAAAAACUAUUGUGAGAUAUGCAACAGUAAAUACUUGUGUAUUUAUAAAUAUCAACAUUUGCAAAUGCAUAAAGAGCAAGAGUUCGCGAAAGAGAGAAAAAAGGAAUUAGAGUUGAAGAUAAAAUUGGAUAUUAAUGGUGAAAUUAAAAAUGAACCCUUUGCGGAUGGCAGGCAGGCCGCUAAAAGAGCUCGGAAUGUCAUUGGAAAGUAUCAAAAGUUUGAAUAUAAUUGUACCUCAUGUGGUUUUGGAGCCGAUGAGGAGAAUGAGCUAGAAGAACACGAGUGUGGUAAAAUGAAAUAUAAAGACUUCAGCGAUUCCGAAACAUCCGUACACGUUGAUUCGUCUUCCGACGAAGACUCUGAUAUAACUGAAGUUGAUUCAAAUGUGUCCGCAUCAGAAAUGGAUUUAACAAAGGAAAAAUGGAGGAAGCACGGCGAAUCAAGAUCAUUCGCAACAAGAAUAAAACGUAUUCCGUUUGAAAUAAAAAAUCCGAAAGCCUUUUUGAAUCAAAGUGCAGAAGAAUUUCGUAGAAUACACUACACCAGUGAUACACUCUAUCCCCAAUGGCGAUACUGUAAAUACAAGAGUGUACCGGAUGAUGACAUAUGUAAAUACAUGCCGCCUUUAGAACAUUCCUGUAAACUUCUAAUGGGUCAAAAGGAUUGGAAAACCCUCAAUAAAUUUCAAGCUUCAAAGGAAACCGGAGGCUAUGCCAUGUUUGUGGGCGGCAGCAUUCAGUGCGUAUCGUGGGCGACGGGCGAGGCGGGGGAGGACACGGGGGAGGGGGGUGAGCGACACUUCCUGGCGGUGAGCUGCCAUAACGCGACCGACUCUCCGCGUCUGGGCAUCGCGCAAAUUCACAGCCAAGCCGGCAUGUUGCAGAUAUGGGACUUUGGGGAUAUGACCACUUGCGUUCCCAAAUUUGUGCUUGGAAUAGCUCACGAAUACGGCACAAUGUGGUCAAUCGACUGGUGUGCGUCUGGCGCGCGAGACAAUCUUCUAGAACAUUCUAAGACAUUCCAGAGGCUUGGUCUCUUAGCCGCAGCGUGCUCGAAUGGUUCGGCUUACAUAUUCUCCGUACCUUACCCGUCUACAAUAAUAGACAGUCAUAAAGUUGUAUACCAUUUAACCCCGGUGGCCGAGCUAAGGAUAAGCAGAGGCGAACGGAAUAAGUUCCAAGCAACUUCUAUCAGUUGGUCCUCUCAAAUUGGUCACUCGGUUGUUUUGGUCGGUUAUUCGGACGGAACAACGGCCUUGUUUGAUUUACAAGGCGACUCUCCUCUGUUGAAAGAAACGGAAGAUGGAGUUGAUAUAUUCUAUCCAUAUCACGACGAACGUUCUCAUAACACAUGCGUAACUGGCGUGAGCACGCUGGCGAGCGGCGUGCGCGGCGGCGCGUGCGUGGCGAGCAGCGCGUCGCCCACGGGCGCCGACAGCGCGCGGCGCGGCGUGGGCGCCGUCCGCCUGCGCGCCCACCUGCCCUGCUCCGCCGUCGAGCACACUCCGCACUGGCCCUCCGCGCUGCUCGCCGAGAACGACGGAAUCGUGACGCAGGCGGUGAACGAGCUGGACUGGUGGGGCUGGGGCCAGCGGCUGGGCGCGGUGCACGGCAGCGGCGCGUGCGCGCAGUGCGGCGCGCUGGCCGCUUUCGCGCCGCCGCUCCUGCGGCUCAUGACGCCGCACCCCGCCUUCUCGUCUCUUAACAAGGAGCCGGUGGCGUUUAUAAACAUGACGCCUCUUGCAAAGAAACGAACGAAACAGAAGACUGAUGAAUUAGCAAUCAAACUAGAACCGCGAACUUACGAGGACGCCGUCAAAACAUACGGAAUAGAAUUCAAAUUUAUCAGAGAACUUGACAAGAACUUCAUUCAACAGAUGAAUAAUAAGCCAAAGGAACUUUGCCACGAAAGGUUCCCGCUUAGCGAUAUACCGUCGAUGGCUUUCAAUCCUUCGCCGCGACAUCACAAGAAAAUCGCUUUGGCUACUCACGCUGGCCUUAUAUUUGUGGUAACCGUAUGAUGCUUAUUUAUGGAAUUACAAUAAAUUAUUCCAAUACUGUUAUUGUUCAAAACAAAAUAUAUAAGUGAUAUAUAAAUAUAUUAUUAUGUAAAGUAUAUGACUUUUUAUAACGGCUGCCUCUUGGAUUUCGAUUACAUUGUAUUUAUUCGAUCCGUACAAUUUGGCAUUUUAAAUACUAUAUACAUAUAUAAAUAUGUGUUAAUCUUUCAAUCGCGCAUUAUUACAUUAAGUAAAUAUAUUUUAAGCCGUUAUCUUCUAGCAUAUGCUAAUAUAUUACAAUGUAAUGUACAUAUAUAUAUGUACAUAUGUAUAAUAUAAGUGGCGUAGCGUUUAUUUUAGUAAUCCCCGGGGUUUGGGCAAGUUUUGCCGUUCUUAUUUAUGUAUUUAAAUUCAAAGCCUCAAAAAUGUACAGCAUUUCUAAAUAAUUUUUCGGCAAUAGAAAAUUUAUAAAUGUACAGAUUGAAAGUAAAAAAGUUAUGUACUUAUGUAUGUUUUGUGAAAUAUAAAACAUUUGUUCCAAAAGUUCUUAAUCGUUUGCCAUUUAAUGAUUUAUAGUUGUAGUAUUUUUGUACUAUCUGCGACAAGAUUAAGUUUCUGUUUCAUACAAUACGUAUGAGAAGAGAAUUUAAACACAAAACAAUUUAACAACUGGAUUGUUACGUAACGUAUUUUAUAGAAAAAAACACAAUUUUAAAAACAGUUUGUUGUCAUUUUAUUUUUUCCUUUGCCACAAGGUUUCGCUUUUUGUUGAGAAUAGUCUGUCCUGUUUGGUAUAAACUUGGUUUUGUAGUGUUAUUUAUUUUAAGAUUUUCACGAAGUCCUAAAGUAUGUUUAUAUUCUCAAACAAACGACAUUUAUUAAUAUUUUCAUCCUUAGCUCUUAUUUAUUAAAUACUCCAACUGUAUAAUUCAUAAUCUAACUGUUGUACAUUUGUACAACAUUGGCACAAUAGUAAUAAAUAGUAUUGCCAGUCACUCGAGCGGCUCUCAGUUAAUGAAAGGGGAUUCCCCAGUUCACACUGAAUAAAUAAUAAAGAGUUCCGUGCUCAUAAUAAUCUUUCUGAAUUGCAUGAGCAAAAGAAACUAUAUAAUGGUUAAGACUUUUAGUAUGUGACAUAUUUGCCGCCUCUGUGCCACCCGCUAUCCGCUACGCCACUGUAUAAUAUGUAAAAUAAAAACAUUUAGUUUUAAUUUUUUUUUUUUUUCAAUAUAUUUAUUGAAGUGACUGAUCGUGUUAAUAUAUUCGUUUUAUCUGUCGUUAUGAUAAAUAAAUAUAACGUUAAAUUCAAAGUUUUUAUUGAUUUAAAACUGGCUAGUUUUAGUUUUUGUAAUUGUUGUAUAAAUGUAAGUUAUAUUUAAUUUUGUAGAUUUGUAAAUAAGACUAUGACAUCUUGAAUGUAAAGGUAUAGUGGAGGUGGAUUGUAUGACAUUUUAACAUUUUUUUUAUUGGCUUUGAAUUGUUGUGAUUCAUUUUGGAGGAUAUGCUGCUCAGUGCUACAAGCGCAAGUUCGUAUAGCUUAUAGACGCUUUGAAUUAUCUUUUAAACUAAUAUCGAAUGUCUAUGGGCCCUCUGCCCAUGGACAUUCUAAAACGUCAGACUUAGCAUUGCGAUUGUACAAAUUCUUUUGUACCAUUCGGUAUAACAAAAAUGGGUAGAUUAAUUAUGUAUUCAAAUUAUUACUUUUGAUACGAAUGUCGUAGGUACAACCAAUCAUUUAUUUGACUUAUUUAGCCUAAAAAUUAUAAUUAUGUUAAAAGAUUUCUUAUUUACCUGUUCGUUCAAAUUAUGUGUUAUCUGAAUACACGUUAUACGAGAAUUUGUGGGCGAAAAAUCCAAUAGCUUUUUAUUGACCUGACUCAAGAUUCGAUUCCUUUAUGUAUUCAUGGCAUUUUUUAUGGUUACAUAACUUAUAUCAAUUAUAUAUUAAUAUCAGAGUGUUAAUCUAUUUGAGAUAUAGUAAUUUUGUAAACUAACAAGCUACUAUUUUUGAAUGAUAAUGAACAUUUGUUCAUUAUCAUUCAAAUAAAUUCCUACAUUUAUCUUCACGAAUAGCAUAAAUGCGAAAGUGAGUUUGUAUGUUUGUUACGUUUUCACGUCUUAACUACGCAAUCGUUCAUCAUGAAAUUUUGCGUGCAUCUGCACAGUGGUACAAAAAAGGACAUAGGGCAUCCAACAAAUGCCCCUUUCGGAAAGUAGUAAUUUUAUAUAUUGAGAGAAUACGGAAUUUAUGCCAGAUUUUUGGUUCGAAAAUCACAGGAAAAAUAAACAGUAUACAAAUAACAAUAAUUAUGACAUUUGUAUGUACAAAUUAUUGUAUAAUUAUAACUUAAAAUUAUGUAAAUUAUAUAAUUGUUUAAUAAUUUGUUUAUAAGUUUUGAAUACUACCACGAUUUGAUUUAUAAAAUCAUUCGUUUAAUAGUUACUUGUCACAUAAGUUGGUUGAACGUUGAUUAUUUUUAUCUUGUCAAAUAAUGUUACAUGGUUUCGCGUGUAUUUUUUAUCUUAAAUUUUGAUAUAUGUCCGGUAUUUUGUUCUGUAGUUAAAUCUUAUCUAUCGAUAUAUCGCGUAGUGAUGUAUGAUGCCAUAGUUUAUUUUAAACACAUCGAUAUAUAGAAUAAAAACUACGCGCAGAAUUAGUAAAAUUUUAAAAUAUACUUAUAUAUUUUUUAUGAUUAGUCAGCGUAUAGUGUUUAUUAAUCGUUGUGUAUAAAUUGGAAGCAAAAUUAUGAUAGUGAUAGUUUAUAAUAAAGGCUAAUAAACGCUACAACAGCUUAAAAAUUAAACAGAUUAUAUAUAAAUAUGAACUUCAUCUUAAGUCUAUGUUCCCAACACAUAAAACUGCAAAUAAUUAAAUAUAAUAUAUAUAGCCAUAAUUUUUUUUAAUUUGCUAUUUUAAUAUUAAAUUUAAUGUAUGGAGACAGAUUUUUAGCUUAAGGAGCAGGUUUUCCCGUGUAUCAGAGCGAGUUUAUCUUCUAGAUAUAGUAAUUUUGUAUACUAACAAAAUACCGUUUUAGUUAUUUGGACAAUCUGACUGAUCACUGAACGCUAUUUUUAAUGCGUCAUCAGCUCCUACAGAUCACCAUUUAGUUUAAAGAAAAAACAAUUAGUUAAACCGACUUUGGUUAACGUUUCAGAAACUGACAGUCUUUUUUUUGUCGACAAAAUUUCGAUUGAUUGCUUUGAUGUCUUCCACAUUUCGCUAUCUAAAGUUAUAUUAUGAAAAAGAACAAACAUAUCCGUUAUAUUGUUGAAAAUAAAUAUAACCAAUGUCAGUUAUCAUUCCACCUACCACUAUACGAACACGAAUUUUAUUAAACCAUUAAAAAAAACCUUUGAAUUUAUGUUCUUUCUCUCAAAAAUUUCACGUUAAGAAAAAUACUGUUUUGUAAAUUUUCUUUAAGUAAGACUUGUACUAGAUACUUAAUCAAAAAUUUAUUUUUAAAUGUAACCCAAGAUCACAUAUAUCGGACUUAAGUGAUAUUAAUAUAUUGUUUAACUAUGU